UUCACGCUGUGGGCAGCUUCAUUUGUUGUUAUUAAAUUGUCAGUAUUGCAUGAAAUACCAAUUCUGUUAACAGUUUUUUGAAUUUUCGGCUCAUUAAAUUAAAUUGUCAGUAUAUAAAUAUUUUGUAAAAAAUGGCAGAAUUAUUACACGUUGGAAAAAAAAACUUUUUUACAUGCUGAUGGCUUUCUAUAUUACAAACACUCCAAUGGAAAACCCUCCGUCAAAUAUUGGAGAUGUCAGAAUACAUCCGAAUGUGACGCUCGUGCUGUAACAGUUACUAUUGGGGAAGCUGUAACGAUACGGAAAGGGUGUAAACCUGAGGAUCACACUCAUGCUCCGAAUCGCGAAAAAGUUAAUGCUUUAAAGGUUAUUGCCGAUGUCAAAAAUGAUGCCAGUGAACAUCCGGAAAUACCACCGGCUCAAAUUUUGCGUUCUUGUUUACAUGAGGUGCCUUCAGCAGUUUUGGCAGAACUGCCAGAUCGCCAAAAUAUAAGAAAAUGCAUACAGCGUGAACGGUUAAGAGACAUGCCGUCCAACCCUCAAGAUAUGGAAGAUUUGCGCGAAAUUCCGGAUAAAUAUAGAAAAACGGUUGCCGGAGACACUUUUUUACAAUAUGAUUCUUAUGAAGAUGAGGAUUACAAUUUAAGCUGUGGCCGAAAUCUAAUAUUUUGUACUCAGGAAAAUUUGAAAACUUUAGCAAAAUCUCAAAUUUGGUAUGUAGACGGUACUUUUAAAACAUCUCCGGUAAUCUUUUUUCAAUUAUUUGCCAUUAUGGGAUCAGUGAUUCAAGUAAACAAAGGUAUUCAAGAAACUGUUGCUCUUCCCUUUGUAUAUGCGCUUCUUGAAAGCAAAGAGCAGGCAGCUUACUCAAAAGUUUUCCAAGUUACGCAAGAAUUAAUUCAAAAAUUUAAUAUUCAUUUCAUUCUGCCGCAAAUUAUAAUGUCAGAUUUCGAAAUUGCCAUUGUUAAUGCUGCUGAAGACAUUUUCGGAAAAAUUGUUCGUUGUUGUUUCUUUCACUUGUGCCAAAGCAUCUUCCGAAGAGUACAGAAUGAAGGAUUACAACAAAAAUACAAUGAUGAAAAUGAUCGAAGUAUCAAGCAAGCAAUGCAGAUGAUGUGUGCUUUGGCAUUCGUUCCGCCAAAUAGAGUUCCUGAAUUCUUUGAUAAUCUCAUAGAUGAUGUCCCAGAAGAUUUUGUCCAUGUAGCUGAUUAUUUUGAGGUUACAUAUGUUCGCGGCAGAGCAGCUCGAGGGAGAAGAAAGGCAGUAAGUGUACGCAACCCUCCAAAACUUUGAAAUCAAUAUGAUGCCGUUCUGCAAAAUAUGUCACGAACGAAUAAUGCCUCAGAAGGUUGGCAUAAUCGAUUUCGAAUAGUAACAGGGCGUGAUCAUCCGAGUUUGUACGCAUUUUGUUCUGAACUGCAGAAGGAACAAGGAGACACCGACUCAAUGUUAAGACAGCUUUCGAUUGGACAAAAAAUUAAAAAAUCCCGGGAUAAAAAAAGACAGAUGAUGGAAGACCGAAUUUUCAAUAUUGUCAACUCUUAUGAAACUCAUCUUCAAGAUCACUUACGCAAUAAAAUUGCAAAGAGGACUAAGGAUGGGAGUGUCAAUGAAGACAAAUUAGAAGCAUUUUGGGGCUACAUGUCACAAAAAAUAUACGACUGCCG